CAGCCUGCCAUUUCCAGGAGUAAACCCCUUCCUGGUGCUCAGACUUGUGAGGACUGGCUACACAGCAGUGGAUGCCCCACAGACCAGACAGUGAGCGCUGCACUUGCAGGAAGGCAGCGAUGGGAGAGCCCACCGAGGCAGGCUCGGAAGAAUGGGGACCAGUCUGUUUCAAUGAAAUAACAGUGGGAAUGUGCUCUGCAAGGAGUCUGCCUUCCCGUGCAUCUUCUCUCAACGCUGAGGACGCUGAACUGCACGAACUAGUGCCAUAACUUCAAGUUCACACAGGGGGUGGAUGAGAUUUAAGAGAGAAUAUGAUUGUACUGAGAGGUGCCCAGCACAGCCCUGGUACAGAGUCAGCACUCAGAAGAUGUUCGCUGUGGAGUGUGGUGAGCAAAGACCAGGAGAAACUUUGCCUGCUGGGAGAAUCGUUGUGACAAUUUCCCGUGUUGUCAGAUAGCUCCACAGAAUUCAGUUUCUGAGAACCAGCCAGAGGCAUGCAGUGACAUUGCAUAAUCCCUCCUCUGAAGCCGGAGAUAUUAGCCGGAGAGCUCACGGGAGCUGUUUCACACCAGCAUGAAAGGAGCAGAGAUCAUGGAUGGAGCACCCAGGGCCCUCCUGGCCAGAGCACUUUAUGACAACCACCCAGACUGUUCCUACGAGCUGGCUUUCUGCAGAGGAGACAUCUUGACCAUUCUAGAACAAAAUGUGCCAGAAAGCGAGGGCUGGUGGAAGUGUUUGCUCCAUGGGCGACAAGGUCUGGCCCCUGCCAACCGCCUCCAACUGCUCCCGGAGGCCCCCGCAGACAGACCCUGCGCCCUCUUCCUGAAAGGUCUGGAGGAAGCUCUCACCACCUCCGAGGAAACCUACCAGGUGCCCACCCUGCUCAUGCCCCAGGCUCCAGGCCCCGUAUACGAGCACAUGAAGAGCUGGGUGGAGGGACCCCUGCCCACCACUGCCCAAGUCUACGAAUUCCCUGACCUGCCUUCCAGAGCCAGAAUCGUCUGUGAAAAGACCCUAAGCCUUCCGAAACAGGCCCUCUUCACGGUUCCCAGGCCUCGGGCCUCGCUGCCGGCUCUGCCUUCCGGGGUGUAUGACGUGCCCACCCAGGGCCGGGGUCCCCUGAUGCCAAAGGAGCCAGAGAAGCAGCAGUUGUACGACGUACCCGCCAGCCCCAAAAGGGCAGGACUUGGGCCCCUGGCCAGCCAACUGGGUGGGCAGAGUGCUCCCCUGACGUCAGCGAUCACCUUGAGGCACGGUGGCUACAACACGUUACCGAGCCCUCAGAAAUCUGAAUGGAUUUAUGACACGCCAGUAUCUCCAGAAAAAGCUAAUACGAGAAAUGCGUCUCUAAGCAGCUUCGUGGGAAGAUCAGCGCCCCACACUCCCCCCACGUAUACGUACGGCAUCCACUGUCCUCCAGAUAGCAGAGCAAGAUCCCUCGAUCCACACCUGCAUAAAAAUGUGCCCAUGCAGAAAAAACUCAGCCUUCCAGAAAUUCCUACCUAUAAAUGUCUGGCCCCGAGGGACACGUUUCCCUUGGACGAAGGUGUCGGCUACAAGGUUCCCUCCAGCUUUCUGAUUCCCCAGGGGGAACAGCAGAACACCAAGCCAAACAUUUAUGACAUCCCUAAAGCAACGCCGAGUGGCCCUCGGGCCCAGAACGAGCUGGGGAGAGCGGAUGGGGCUUCAGAGAAUGGCACGGACCGUGGCUCCUCGUGGCUCUCCAGACAGCCGCCUUCCCUGUCUCCGGAACCGGACAGCCUGUCUGUUUCCAGUUCCGACAGCAGAGCCAGCAUUGUCUCCUCCUGCUCCUCCACGUCCACGGACUCCUCGUCCAGCGCCUGCUCAGAGGAGUCAGGAAGGGAGCUGUGCUUGGACCUGGACUUGGCCAGAGAGACAGUGGCGGCUCUGCAGCACAAGGUGGCCAGCUCUGUUGCAAGCCUGAUGCUCUUUGUCAGCAGGAAGUGGAGGUUCCGAGACUACCUGGAGGCCAACAUCAGUGGCAUCCGCAGGGCCGCCGACCAUGUGGAGGAGUCUUUGAGGGCAUUCCUGGAUUUUGCCCGUGCGGUCCGUGGGACCGCCUGCAACCUCAGUGACACCAACCUUCAGGCCAGAAUUAGGGACCAGCUGCAGACAAUCUCCAACUGCUACCAAGUCCUGCUUGGAACAAAGGAGAGCUUGGAUGGCUGCAAUUGGUCCUUGGAAGUCCUUGUGACGGACAAAGUCCAAAACAGCCCAGAUGACCUCGAGAGAUUUGUCAUGGCGGCGCGGAUGGUUCCGGAAGACGUCAAGAGGUUUGCCUCCAUUGUCAUUGCCAACGGAAAGCUCCUUUUCAGGCAGAACUGUGAAAAGGAAGAUACCUUGCAAAUGACCCCAAAUGCACAAUUUAAGUUUGCAGAAUACACCCAGCUUCCCCAAAGAGAAACAGAAUCAUAUCAAAGAAGCGCUCCUUUUAGUAAACAGAAGGAAGAGGAACAGUCCCCUGAAAUACUAAAGAAAAACGGGACGAAUGUCUGUGAACAGAAGUUGCCUGAUCUAGAAGAGACAGAAAACCCCAUCUCAGAACAAAGGUUGGAUGAAAAUAAAAACCUGGAAGCCCAGAACCUUUGCUUUCCCACAACCCGGCCUCUGAGUCAGCAGAACCCUGAGAAGAGAUUCCACCUUUCCGAACACUGCCGGCUCUAUUUUGGGGCCCUCUUCAAAGCCAUCGGCGUAUUUAACAACAGCCUGAGCAACAGCCAGCCCCCCGAGAUCUUCAUCACGCAGAGCAAGCUGGUCAUCAUGGUAGGGCAGAAGCUGGUGGACACAUUGUGUCAGGAGACCCAGGAGAGGGACGCACGCAAUGACAUUCUCUGCGGCAGCAGCUACCUUUGCAGCCUGCUCAAGAACCUCGCGCUGGCCACCAAGAACGCUGUGCUCAAGUACCCCAGCCCGGCAGCCCUGGGGCACCUCCAGGCCGAGGCCCGGAAGCUAGAGCAGCACACUCGGCAAUUCAGGGGGGCGCUGGAAUGAGCCUCCUUCCUCCUCCUUCUCCCCGUUAACCUCUUAGCUUCAGCUUUGCCAGUUCACAUCCGUGCAGCUCUGUCCGGAAAAAGCCAGCUGGGGGACACAGUGACGGGUAGAAACAGCCACGGUGGCCAAAGCUGGUACUAUCAAGUAGCUAAGCAACCCCAGGACAUUGACUUAUCCCACAGAGAGCCAGGUAUUAAGUAAGGACCUCGAUAAGGUUUUAGCAUAACAUGUGGGGUCAGUGUACCAAGUGACGUUGUAGAAACCAAUUUUCUGUUGGCUGAAUGUAUGUCUGUCUUAAAGUCAUUCAUUCAACACUUAUUUAUUGGGCAUGUACUAUAUGUCAGAUUCUAGGUGCUGGGCAUAUAGCAGAGAAUCAGAGCCCUUGACCUCAGGGAGCUUACAAUCUAGUGGGGAGAGGGACACAUGAUGGAGAAAUACGUAUACAAUGUAUCAGGUGCUAGGGAGAAAAUAAAAGAGGAGAGACUUAUUUUCAAAUGAUCAAUUUCUAUCACAUCCGUUAACAAAUGUUCUGUUUUUCAUUUUGGACUGACUUAAUUCUGUAAGCUUUGGUACAAAUCAGGUAUUUGCCUCUUACACUAUGUAUAUAUUUGCUUUAACCAAGCUAAAGAGUGCACGUUAUAUUCACAACAUGACAUGUUCUGUUGGGUUCCUUA